UCUCAGACCCUCUUGCGCUCAUUUGUGACAGCUAACGGCAGGUCAGCGGAAGUGACGAAGUCUGCGGUCGCUCAGCACACAGCGCGAGCAUUUCCUCGCCAAGUUUCAGUUUUAUGCACGCGCACCAGCGCUCUGAUUUAUUGUCGAUGAGGCGCAGCAAAGACUCACAGCUUCAACACCAUAAAUAGAAUUCAUCAGAAAUUUUUUUUUUUUUUACUGGAUUUACCGGCGAGCUUACAGAAACUAACUAGCAGACAGACAGACACAGACACCCUGACAUCCGCCAGAGCUGGAGGAACAAAGUUGACAAAGCAGACGAAGACAAACCGAGACUCUUUUAGCACUUAGACAGCAGCGUCUCCGUACAUCAUGCCUCGUUCUUUCCUGGUGAAAAUGCGUAAAAGAGGGGGCCACAGAUCUUCCCUUCCUACAGACUGUAUGCCGUGUUUGGGUGUCACAGGUUGCACAGGCGCAGGAACCCAUGAAGAGCCAGUGCCAAAUUUCGAGGUUUCAUCUGUACAGCAGAUGAAGAUGCCCCGGGACUGGACAACAGAAAUGAUAAGUGAAUUCCCUUCACCGAUUCCCUGGCAUCAUUUUCAAUCCAGCAACACAAAGGACAAACAGGACCUGGGAAGUGCCUUAAAGUCCAGCAGCAUAGACAGAGAUUGUUCAGGGAUCAGCUCCUCUGUGAUACACUGUCAGUUAUGUGCCAAGAACUUCUAUAGCUUUUCUGACUUGGAAGCCCAUCAUUACAAGUGUCACGAAGGUCAGAAGCUGCCCAUAGUCUGCCUUAACAGCGGCGAAUCCAUGACCCCGCACAGUACAAAGGAGCGAACGUUCGAGUGCAAGGAGUGUGGGAAGCUGUUCAAACGCUCCUCCACCCUCUCCACACACCUGCUGAUCCACUCGAACACAAGGCCGUACCCCUGCCAGUACUGCGGCAAGAGAUUCCAUCAGAAAUCAGACAUGAAGAAACACACCUUUAUUCACACAGGAGAGAAGCCACAUGUGUGCAGAGUGUGUGGGAAAGCCUUCAGCCAGAGCUCUAACCUAAUCACACACAGCAGAAAGCACUACAGACCCUUCAGCUGAGCACACACUUCUAAAAUGUCUGCUUGUAAAUAUGUACCACUUUAUGAAAAUAAACUUUUAUAAACAUU